CAUGUUCCGUUUUUAUAAGUUUCUUUUUGUCUCUCUAUCGUCUGGUUCUCCUCUACAGCUCUCCGUAAUCGAAACUCGCAAAUCAAUCAGAAUUAAGCAAAGCCUUUUCGAGUCCGACACAGAGGGGGAGAGAUAGUCGGUGAGGAGAGAGAAACCCACUGACUCUGACUCAGACAGACAGAGAAGAACAAAGCAACAAACACCAACCAAACGCAUAAACUCAUCUCUCUCUCUCUCUCUCUACGCACGAAUUCACACACAGACGGACUCAGAGCUGCCGAUCAGUCCCACGUCAGAUCCGGCCAGGUUCUCCGGCGAAUCUCCGGGUCCAUUGUCACCGGAAUGUCAGCUUCCGACGACCUCACCAGCUGUUGAAAAUGAAUGGGAUUCAGAACAGGAAAGCUCUAAACGCGGAGAAGCCUUUUCCAGGAUGCUUGGGAAGAAUGGUAAACCUCUUUGAUUUGAGUACGGGGGUUGCUGGAAAUAGGAUGCUUACGGAUAGGCCUCACCAUGAUGGAUCUUCACUGGCGAGGAGUCAAUCAGAUGUAUCAAGAAUGAGUUCUCCCUUUGUAGAUAAGAUAGAGGAUAAACUGAUCGUGUCUGAGAUAAGAAGGAACUCAUCAAACAGGAAAGCAAACGGAACACCAAUGAAGAUGCUUAUAGACCAAGAAAUGUCGAAAGAAAUUGGGUUGAAAAACGAACCACCCAAUGUGGUUGCCAAGUUGAUGGGCCUUGAUGCACUCCCAAGGCAGCAUCCACAUUCAUCUCUCCAAAGAAGCAAUACAGACAGUUAUUCAAGGUCUACUUUCGGUCAUUCAGGGAUGUCUUUAGGAUCCUGGCAACAGGAAGGCUUCUCAGAUAAUAGAAUGCAGUUUGACGUUCAACAAUGUCCAGAGCGAAAUGAAUAUAAAGAUGUCUAUGAAGUCUGGCAGCAACCUCAGAACACAAAUUAUGUAAGAGACGGAUCACCACAAAAGGAAAGGUGUAAUGCAAUCACAAAUGACAGGAAAAUGGCCCUUGUUCGUCAGAAGUUCAUGGAAGCAAAACGCUUGGCAACAGACGAGAAGCUUCGUCAGUCCAAGGAAUUUCAAGACGCAUUGGAAGUCUUAAGCUCCAAUAGAGAUCUAUUCCUCAAGUUUCUUCAAGAGCCAAACUCCUUGUUUUCUCAGCAUCUAUAUGAGUUACAGUCUACCCCUCCUCCUGAGACUAAGCGAAUCACUGUUCUUAGACCUUCAAAGAUAGUUGAUAAUGAAAAAUUUUCCGUAUCAAGACAGAAGAGUGAUAAACAUAUAAGGAAAGCUGCUCAGACGGGUCAAGGGGCUGUGCGGGACAAAAACAACACCGGACAUUCUUCUAUAUUUUCCAGUCCAAAAGUUGAUGAAUGUCCUAUUCAGCCAACUCGUAUAGUUGUAUUAAAGCCUAGCACUGGGAAGACUCAUGACAUUAGGGCUGUGGCUUCUUCACCUGUCUCAUCACCAAGAAUAUUACAUGGUGAAAACACUUAUGAGGAUCCUGAAGAUGAUGAGGCACGAGAAUCAAGGGAAAUGGCAAAAGAGAUUACGCGACAUAUGCGUGAUAAUCUGAUGGGUCACCGAAGAGAUGAAACUCUGAUUUCUUCUGUGUUUUCCAAUGGGUAUACCGGCGAUGAAAGUUCAUUCAACAAAUCGGAAAAUGAGUAUGCAGCCGAAAAUCUCAGUGAUUCAGAAGUCGUGUCACCAUCUUCUCGGCAUUCAUGGGAUUACAUCAAUAGGCUCAGUAGCCCUUUCUCUUCUUCCUCCUUCAGCCGUGCCUCAUGUUCUCCUGAGUCAUCUGUUUCCAGAGAAGCAAAGAAGAGACUUUCAGAGAGGUGGGCCAUGGUGGCAUCAAAUGGAAAUUCUCAGGAGCAAAGACAUGUCCGGAGAAGCUCAAGUACUUUAGGUGAAAUGCUUGCUCUUUCAGAUAUGAAGAAGUCAGUAAGAACUGAGGAUGAGAUUAACAGGGAACAAGAACUAAGGGAAUCAGUUUCAUGCUUGACUGAUGACUCAAACAAAGAAGGUGUUUGUGAUUCUCCCUUAAGUCUUCUUAGAUCAAAAUCUGUACCCACGUCAUCUACUGUUUAUGACACCAGGCUCAAUGUUGGAGUAGAUGCUACGGCUGAUAAAACAGAAGUUCCAAAGGAGCUGAGCAAAGCAAAGAGCAGUAAGUCAUCAUUGAAAGGGAAAGUUUCAAGUUUGUUUUUCUCUAGGGGCAAAAGGUCAAGUAAAGAAAAAUCUGGUCCUUCUGGAUCCUGUAGUGAAUCUCAAACUGCCUCUGCUGAAACCCCAAGAUCUCUAGUGCCUUCUGGCAAGAUUGAUGCUGCAUCUCAGUGUGGUGAUGAGAGUCGCCAUGAAGAGUGCUUGCCUCCUGCUCCAUCAGUCAAAGUAUCUCGGGAUGUAACAAACAUGGGCCUUAAACAGGGAAUAGUUUCACGGGAGGCAGGGUUGUCUCUUACAAAACCAGCGAUGCCUGGGAGCGUAAGUGAGAAUCAGGACCAGCCAAGUCCAAUAUCAGUUUUAGAGCCAUCUUUUGAAGAGGAUGACACCACAACACGUGAGUCUUCCGGCUACUUGAAGCGAGACCUCCAAGGAGGGCUUCUGAGGUCUAACUUGAUUGACAAAUCACCGCCUAUAGAAUCAAUUGCACGGACCCUAUCAUGGGAUGAUUCUUGCGUAGAGAUGGCCACACCAUGUUCACUAAAACCCUCUUCAGUUCCAACAGUUGCCGAGGAGGAUGAGCGAGACUGGCUUGCUUUUGUCCAAACUCUGCUAUCAGCUGCUGGCUUCAAUGGGGAGACGCGGUGCGAUUCAUGCGAAUUGGUUUUCUCAAGAUGGCCAUCACCCGAAGCUCCAUUAGACCCUUCUCUGAGGGACAAGUAUGCUAACAUAGACGACAAAGAGCCUUUGCUUGAGUCCAGGCGGAGGCAAUUAAGGUCAACCCGAAAGCUCGUGUUUGACUGUGUCAAUGCAUCCUUAGUAGACAUCUCCGGUUAUGGCUCAGACAGAAGCCUAAGGACCAUAUGCGGUGGGGCCCACGACAGUUUAAUGGAGGGUGAUACACCCUUGUUGGUGGACCGUGUGUGGGGCCGGAUGCAGGAGUGGUUUUCGGGUGAGGUGAGGUGUUUGUGGGAGGAUGGUGGGGACGCCAACAGCCUGGUGGUUGACAGGAUGGGAAGGAAGGAGGUAGUGGGGGGAGGGUGGACUGAGCUUAUGAGAAUAGAAAUAGAUAAUUUAGGGAAUGAAUUAGAAGGCAAGUUGCUUGAAGAGCUGGUGGAGGAGGCUGUUGUUGAUUUGACAGAGAGGAUUUGAGAGGGGCUCUCUUAUUUCUUUUUUGUAUUUUGAAUUUAGUUGUAACUCUAUUAUCUGUGUAUUUGAUUUCCAACAACGAUGGUCCUACCCGCCUUAUUGUUUAAUGUUGCAAGGAAAAAAAAAAAAAGAAAAAGAAAAAGAGAAAAGUUUCAG